AUGACUUCAAAGGGGCUUCCAAGUGAAUUGGCAAGAACACUUAAAAGCUAUCAUCGCCCAGGCAAUCCCCUCGUCCUCGCUAAUGUACACGAUGUUUUCUCUGCCAAAGCCGUGGCUCCUCUGUCCUCAGCCAAGGCGUUAGCAACGGCAUCGUACUCUGUUGCAAUCAGUGCAGGAACCAGCGACGACGGUCUCACUCUAGAACAAAACGUGGCUGCGGCACGCCUGAUAGGCAAAGUGGCAAAGGAGCACAACAAACCUCUCACCGUCGACCUUCAAGAUGGAUACGGAGAGAGACUCGAAGAAGCCGUCCGCCAGAUCAUCGGGGCAGGUGCAGUGGGCAUGAACCUGGAAGACUACAACAAAGAAACCAAGCAGUUCUACUCGGUCGAUGAAGCAGCCGCACGGGUCAAGACUGCUGUCGAGGUCGGUGUGAAGGAAGGGAUACCAGCCUUUGUGGUGAAUGCUAGAUGUGACACGCUCGUCCAAGGUGGUGGAAUGGAAGAAACAAUUGAGAGAGGCCGACAGUAUCUCGCUGCUGGAGCCACGAGUGUGUUUGUGUGGGGAGGGAGUAAGCGAGGCGUCAGUCGGGCAGAAGUUGCGAAACUUGUCGAGGCAUUUGACGGUCGUUUGAAUGUUUCUUUGAGGUGGACUGACGGACUGACUGUCUCUGAGCUGGCCAAAAUAGGUGUUUCUCGCAUCAGUGUCGGGCCGACUAUCGCGUUUCUCGCCGUGGCUGAGUUUGAGCGGCAAGCACAGCAUUUACUUGAACAGGCUUAA